UCGGGAGUAGAGCGGAUCGACAAUGAACAACAAAUUCGAUGCUCUUAAAGAUGAUGACAGUGGGGAUCAUGAUCAGAACGAAGAAAACGGCACACAGAAAGACAGUGAGAAGGAAAAAAAUGACGACAAGGAGAAAAACCAAGGCUCUUCUAGGAAAAAGAGUGUUGUGCCAGGUCCAGCCGAGCACCCCUUACAGUACAACUACACAUUCUGGUACUCGCGCAGAACUCCAGGAAGGCCAACCAGCUCCCAGAGCUAUGAGCAGAACAUUAAACAGAUCGGUACCUUCGCUUCUGUGGAACAAUUUUGGAGGUUCUAUAGUCACAUGGUACGACCUGGGGACCUGACUGGGCACAGUGAUUUUCACCUCUUCAAGGAAGGGAUCAAACCAAUGUGGGAGGAUGAUGCAAACAAAAAUGGAGGAAAGUGGAUAAUUCGCCUUCGCAAAGGUCUAGCAUCACGAUGCUGGGAGAAUCUCAUACUGGCCAUGUUGGGAGAGCAGUUCAUGGUUGGAGAGGAGAUCUGUGGAGCUGUUGUCUCUGUUCGUUUCCAGGAAGACAUCAUAUCCAUUUGGAACAAGACUGCAAGUGAUCAGGCAACCACUGCUCGUAUCCGAGACACAUUGCGCCGAGUCCUGAAUUUGCCUCCCAAUACUGUUAUGGAAUACAAAACGCACACAGACAGCAUCAAGGACAAAACAAGCUUCAGAAAUACCAAAAUUGCUUUGUGAACAUAAGGAUCUUCUCCUGCUUUGCUGGCCUGCUUUCAGUUUGAGUAUUCUUGGUUUUAAGCACCACAAGUAGCUUCAUGGCCAGUGGCCCAACGGUUCUUGGACAAAGUUCCAUACAGCCUCAACUCUGGCUGGGAUUGGGUUUGACCUUUUUGUUGUUUUUGUUUUUUUUAAACCUGUUAUCUACAGCAAUCGUCUUUUCAAGAGCUCUCCACUACAGCUGCAUCCCUCACAAGAGGGAAAAAGCCUUGUACAUUUAUUUUCGGAAUCUUAUUUUAUUUCUAGAUUUUAUUUCAUUUUUAAUUGAUGAAAGAAGAUUGGCGUUGAACUUUCUUUUGUAUGUAGAGUGCUCUUCAGCACCGAUGGAGUUAAGUGCUCCCUUCUAUUGAGAAGCUACCCUUUCUUCUCAAGCAUUGGCCUUGUUCCUUUUCUUCAGCACUUUGUUACUUUCCUUUCCAUUUGUUAUGCAAAGGAUUAUUUGUAUAGUAGUAAUCGUAUUACCUGACCCAUUACUGAGACAUAUCAGUAUUAUACUUUGUGUAUAUAGAAAAAAUGUCUGUUUGCUGAUGUCUGCGGCUGUCACUCCUGCUACAGCUUUGACAUUAAAUCGUAAGAAC